AUGGAGGCUGGCUCCGUGGUACGAGCAGUCUUUGAUUUCUGUCCCAGCGUCUCUGAAGAGCUGCCCCUCUUUGUGGGAGAUGUCAUCGAGGUGCUGGCCGUGGUGGAUGAGUUCUGGCUCCUUGGCAAGAAGGAAGGUGUCACAGGGCAGUUUCCUAGCAGCUUUGUGGAACCUGUGGAUAUUCCCCCUUUGAAGCAGGGAGAAAAACUGUUUGUUUGUACCAGUGACUUCACAUCUCAAGAACCAGGGAGCUUAUCAUUGCAGAGAGGAGACCUGGUGAUCCUAGGGGGAUCCCUGGCCUCCAGCUGGCUUCAGGGCCGAAGCAGCUGGGGUUCCAAGGGUUUUUUCCCCUCAUCAUGUGUUCGGGAGCUGUGCCUUUCAGUUUGGAGCCGUCAGCUGUCCCAGAGCGCUCUCCUGGAGGUGCCUGCCUACUCACUUGGCCAAGCUCGGGCCCUGAUGGACCUAUCUGCUCAGCUGGAGGAGGAACUGGACUUCAGGGAAGGGGAUGUGAUCAACAUUGUUGGUGUCCCAGAGCCUGGCUGGUUCGAAGGUGAACUCAGAGGCCGCAGGGGCAUCUUCCCAGAGGGUUUUGUGGAACUGCUUACUCCUCUGCGAGCAUCAGGAACUUCAGUGGAUCCAGAGCCCACAGGGACUUGUGACACCAAUGGGACAGUGGAGAUGCCCCCCAAGGAGGAGGAGGAGCCAGGGACCACUUAUGGUGUUGCCCUCUAUCAGUUCCAAGCCCUGGAGUCCAAGGAACUGGAUUUUGAUGUGGGUGACAGGAUUCGGAUCGUAGGCAUUCUGGAGGAUGGCUGGCUGGAGGGGGAGCUGAAAGGGAAACGCGGCAUCUUUCCACACAGAUUUGUGAGGCUGGAAGCCUCUGAGGCUUGCAAGGAAAAGGCUCCCUGCUCCCCCCGAGAUCCUUGCAAGAGCCAGGCGAUUUCUUCUCCUAACAGUUGGGCAGCAUCCGAGCCCCAGGAGUGCCAGAGCAGCACCCAGGACCUUGAUGAUUGGAUGGACGGUCAAGAGGAGAAGUCCAAACCCUGUUCCUCCAGCUUGGGAGGUGCCGAGGUGGGCCUGGACACAUGGGCUGGAAGCUGGGGGGAAUGCUGCCCACUCACAGUGCAGGGGGACAGCUGCACGGACCUCGACUCCAAACUGACAGAGCAGCUGGCGCAGUUUGAGAAGAGUCUGUCAAGUACCAGCACUGAGCAGGACAAGGUCUCCCGCCACUUCUCUAUCUUGGACUACAGUUCUGAGAAGGACAUUGUCCGUGGGUCUCCUGAGUCUGCCUCCCAUGCCAGGCAGCCAGAGAGGAGGAAGGCCUUGAGGCCACCCCCUCCUCGGCCCAACAGCCUUGCGACAACGCCUGUGCACACACUGAGUGCCCAGGUGCCCAAAGGCAGGUCUCUGUCCUUCUCGGUCAAGCCCUCCCGUCCUGCGCCUCGGCCUCCAUCAAGCAACCAGCGGAAAAAUGUGGUCCCUGCGCAGCUUCAGCUCAACACCCAGGAGCAGCGGGUGGAGGAGGGACGUGAGGACUUGGCACGGGCAGGAUCAGCUUCCCCCCACUCCAUUCUGCUGACAAGGAUCGGAGAGGUGGAGCGAGACCUUGAGGCUUAUGGCAAGACCCGUGCUGAGCUAAGCCUGAUGCUGGAGGAGCAGCAGGAUGAGCUGGUGAGAGCGGAGACCCUGGAAAACCUUGAUUUCUGUGACUCCAACAUCGAGAGCCUCAGUGUGGAGCUACAGGAGCUGAGGG